AUGGACAAGCACGCCCUGUACUCGGAGAACAUGUACGCGCAGAUCUAUAGGGCAGCCUUCUCAAAGAGCAUGUCGGGGGCUGUCUUUAUGCUGCUCCGAGCUCUGAAUCAUGCACUUUGUGUCGGCAGCGGACGUCGACUAGCUGACUUCCGCGUGCCGGUGGAGGUGGCCGACGAGGAAGCCAUGGGGUUCCGUUGCCUCAAUUUGCUGUUCGGACCAAUGUGGCUUCGCGGCUGUCCUUUGCCAGAAUAUUGUCACCCCGUCUGGGGGGACGUGUCCAGGGCAUUGAAUUCAUCCAAGCUCCGCGGCUCCGUGAUGAAAGGCACACUUCUGACGAACUUCUACAAAGGUCCGUUCCAGAGCCGGACAAACACGUUCCAUCUCAAGGAGGCGGCGAAGCUGUUCGCACAGACGGCCAGCGAGGAUGAGUUGGACCUCCUUUCACCGGGCUAUGCCUUUGACAUGGGCCUACCAGAGGACACGAUACUCACACCAGAGAUGGUGUUGCAGUCUCCGGGCAUUUCGUCCAACCUCCCUCAGGCAGGGGAUGGAGAGCAUGCCAAAAGCAAACAAUGGUUUGGAAUACGCGAAGCCUUUGAUGCCCUGGCCUCAUCUUGGACCGUGCUCGCUGCAGUCACGCAGUUUUCUCGGAAGUUGUUGGCAGCCGAGGACGAGAAGAACAUUGCCGGGAACCGGGAUGACGAGCAGGAGGCUCCGCCGGCCAUUGCGGCCGAAGAGCCCGCCACCCGGAAGGCUUUCAACCUGCUCCGAUCUUCAUACGCAAACACAGCCGACUUCGUUACGGACCUCUUCGCGGAGCAGGCGUUGAAAUUGAAGCUGAGGCUUAUUUCUUUUGAUCUCGAGGACUUGCACUUGGAGUACUCCCGAUCACUGCAGCAGCUCCAGAGAGGACAAGAAGCCAUGAUGACGUUUCAAGCGGAGCGUUCGGCGGGGAGCUGGUUCCACACAAUCAACGACAUGCUGGCGCGCAGCAUGUCGCCACUGCUGGUUGCGACACUGGGAAUGCAUCCAGCCCCCAUGCGAGGCGCAAGGCCUCAUGAUCCAGAGCACCCCAUCCUGCAGACAGACCAAACUCUAGUCCAGCUUCACUGGACUUUUUUGGUCGACCUCAUAGCGAACAGGGUCUGGAGCCAGAGCUUCUACUCCCUGACUUGGCCGUUCAUUCUCGCUCAAGCUUUUCUUCCCGAGCACAGGGCUCGAAGUAAUGCGUCGGUGCUUUGGAAGGCAUCCUGCACAGCUGUGCUGGAGUUGGAGAGCUUUGUCGCGGCAAACCCAACAAACGGAUCCGCCGCUGCCCUGCUAGGAGACAUAGGAAGCAACACCUGGCAGAUCACCAGGGAGAUCUUUGUUCUGGGUACCCAAACGUCUUGGAACCCGGAGGACAGUGAGAUCAGAGCCACUGCCUGGGCCCUGUUUGCCAGCCCUGCGGCAACCAAGGACCUGCUGGAGUCUGCCUUCAACUUUGUGAAGGACUCGAGCGAAAGGCAGUCUCGAGUUGGCAAGAUGUCUCCUUGGACUCGCUACAGCUACUUGGCCGUGAAUCCGCAUGCCCAGCAGUCUGGGGCGCAACAGUCCACAGUGGACCGCAGUGACUUCAUCAGGCUAUCAGGGGCACCGGCCGCGAUCCAGGAUGUCCUCAACCUCAAACCAUUCACGCCAUCGGCAACGCCGCUGCAUGAGCAAACCCCUUCAGCUGCAGAGAUUCAUAAGCGUUGGCGCCCUGCCGGCUACGCAGCGAAUCGACAGAGUGCCGCUGCCAUGGCCCUGACCCUGAAGCUCAAGAAUGAUUUCAGAAUGGCGCAGCACGCGUGGACAGGCUGCUUUCUGAGAUCCAGAGAGUUCUACUUCCACAAGCUGAACAAGCGCUACAUGCUCUGCCUCGGAUUCUUCAAAUGGUGUGCCGCCGCUAUUCCCGCAGAGGCAUUCCUUCGGCCCGUGAUGAACAAAUCCUACCCAACGUACGAGUUUUGCUUCGACCUCUCGGAGUCCUGCGUGUGGGAGCAUGUGCCCACGCGCGUCUUGGCAGCUGGAGCCCUGCCAGCAGAUGUUGGCGGCUAUGGUUGUUUGCCCUUGAUUGCCGGACCCCAAGCACCUAUCCUGGAAUCAGGAAUCCGCGCGGGCAUGCAGCUGAGUGUGGCAGAGCUGCGGAAUAUUCUGCAACUGCGGAACAUCGAUCCGCCCCCAAACAAAACUGGCAGCGGCGCAAAUGGCAACGUUGUUAAGCGCGACUUGGUCACUGUACUCGUCAAUGCACUUUUUCCAGACAUGAACGAGCAGACCAGGACCGAGCUCAUCGAGAAAAUGGCAGGCAAGCCACGCGAGAACACAUCUUUGGAUGAGAGCGAGUUGAAUCUGAAGCUGGUGGCGCAUUUGGACGUUCAAGAGCAGCCGCAUUUCAAAACAAUCGUGAAGGAUGCUUUGGACCAUCUGGAGGCUACAAAGGAACGUGCACGCCUGAAGGAGAAGCAGAGAGAGAUGCAUGCGGCUGAAGGCAGAGACGCUCCGGCUGCAGGGGUCAAUCCCUUCGCCGGGGCGCAUGGGUUGUGUGGUGAGAGGGCCUCUGCUCCACGCGCCAAGGUAUUUGAUUGGUGCCGGACGACGUACCACUUGUGCUUCGGGGAUCAUCCACACUACGACAAAGACUACGCAGCGCUCCUAGGCAUCCGUUCCUAUUGCGCCCUCAACCCUAAAUUUUUUGCGGAUAGACAACCUGAUGCAUAA